AUGGCCCAAGCCAUCCCGAUGUAUUCUAUGUCAGCUACUCUUCUUCCUAAAGGUCUUAGUGAUCAAUUAGAUGCAUCUAUGCGCAAAUUUUGGUGGAGCCCUAAAUCAAAGGCGGGUUCGUAUUGGUCUCCGAUGUCUUGGUCUUCUCUUUGUUUGCCACAAAAGGAGGAUGGCUUGGGUUUCAGAAAAUUCUGGGAUUUCAACCAAGCUCUCCUCUCCAAACUUGGCUGGUGGAUUCUAUCCAGAAAGAAUUGUCUUUGUAUUAAGGUUUUGAGGGCGAAAUACAAGAUUCGGGAUAAUUGGCUGGCUCAUCAUUCUCCUAGCAAUGCGUCCCCCUUUUGGAAAAGCAUGAUGGGCACAAAACACCUUAUUGCAAAGGCAACUUGCCUUUUAGUAGGUAAUGGGAAUUCCAUUAGAACAUGGAUAGACCCGUGGAUUCCUAAUCUCCCUAGUUUCAUCCCUACCCCAAAAGUUGAUGCUAAUCUGGAUAUUGCUUUGGUAGUUUCUCAGCUCCUUAUUCCAAACCGAAGUAGUUGGGAUAUUCCAAAGCUGAGUUUGCUAUUUGAGGAGCAUGUUGUUGAGCUUAUCCAAAAAUUUUCCAUUCCUAGUUGCCCUAUGGAUGAUAGUUGGUCUUGGACUGCAACAAACUCCGGGUUUUUUUCUGUCAACUCCGCUUAUUAG